AUGGAACUUCUUAAUGACAAAUCCAUUGAUGAUGGAAUCAUUUACAACAAUUCUGAUGACUUUGAAUCAGAUCUUACAUCCAAGUUAAUGGACCGAUGGAAUAUAGGUUCAACGAAAGAACAAGAACAAGUGUAUAAUAUGGAGAGUUUUUGUGAAGAACAAAUCGCAGAAAUUUGGAAAAAGAGUGAAAUAUCAUCGUCACCAGCACUAUUACACUUAAAAAAUUUGGGAUAUGGAAGCAAGAAGUUUGUUUCACAGCCAAUUAAAUCAUAUCACACCCGAGUUAUUUCAGAGGAAUACGUCUUUGAAAAUAACGAGACUACAGGAAACAAAGAUAAACCUUAUCUGUUACUAUAUAUCCAAUUGGGAGCUCCAACAUCGAAAUUACGCGGAUUUGACAUUAGCGGCACACCAAACUUAAACACAAGACCGAAUAAGAAGGCAAGGCUUUUAGAAUCCCAGAGACAAUAUUGUCUCUGUGCAUUCGGGUUGGAUAAAACCGUGUGUAAUUAUUUGGGCAAAUGGAAUCAAGAUGAUAUUGAUAUAUUGAAACUGCUUAGAGAUGCGUGGCACGACCCCAUGGAAUUGGCUAGUGGAGACAAAUAG